CGGUGGCUGUGGGCGGGCGGUUGGAGGCGGGGGCUGGGCCGGGGGCGGGAGCGAGCUGGGGGCUCUGGGCCGCUAGGGUGGCCGGGGACACACAGGAGCGGCGGCCACCGAGGAGGGAACAGCGCCGGAGCCCCGACGGCGCCCCACUGCAUGGAGCUGGGUCCCUGAAAGCCGUCGCCACCCGGCAGCCUCCGACUUCCCCAGGAGCCCGGCGUGCUGACUCUCUUGCAGUCUCGGGGUACCCAGCGCCACCGGCGUCCCCUGGUCCCCGGGACCGGGCGUUCCGGUGCCAGCCAUGGAGCGGUGCACCGGCUGCCAUCACCUCCCGCUGCUGGUGCUGCUGCUGCUGGGGCUGAGCACCACCCCCGCCUGGGCAGGCGCAGCCCCCGUGGAUGUGCUUCGGGCCCUAAGGUUCCCCGCCCUCCCUGACGGUGUCCGGAGGGCGAGAGGUAUCUGUCCAGCUGAUGUGGCCUACCGAGUGUCCCGACCCGCCCAGCUCAGCGCACCCACCCGUCAGCUCUUUCCAGGAGGCUUUCCCAAAGAUUUCUCUCUGCUGACUGCGGUCCGGGCGCGCCCGGGCCUCCAGGCGCCCCUCCUGACCCUCUACAGUGCCCAGGGUGUCCGGCAGCUGGGCCUGGAGCUCGGCCGACCUGUCCGCUUCCUGUACGAGGACCAGACUGGGCGGCCGCAACCGCCGGCUCAGCCUGUCUUCCGAGGCCUCAGCCUGGCGGAUGGCAAGUGGCACCGUGUGGCUGUGGCUGUGAAGGGCAAGUCUGUCACCCUCGUAAUUGACUGCAAGAAGCGAGUCACUCGACCCCUCCCCCGCAGCGCCCGUCCAGUACUGGACACCCGGGGUGUGAUCAUCUUCGGUGCUCGGAUCCUGGAUGAGGAAGUCUUUGAGGGUGAUAUUCAGGAGCUUUCCAUCAUCCCGGGAGUGCAAGCUGCCUACGAAUCCUGUGACCAGAAGGAGCUGGAGUGCGAGGGGGGUUGGAGGGAGAGACCUCAGAGACAGCCAUCUCACAGAAUGCAGAGAUCUCCGAAGCAGCAACCACCAAGACUUCACAGGCCACAAAACCAGGAACCCCAGGCACAGUCCACUGAGUCUCUCUACUAUGACUACGAGCCCCCCUAUUAUGAUGUGAUGACUACGGGCACCACCCCUGAUUAUCAGCGACCUCCAAGCCCCAACCACAGGGCUCCCCCUCCCCCCAGGGGGCGUCGGACCCCUCCCCGAAAGCCUGCCCCUCCUGCCAAGAGGUCAGCAGCCCGGCAGGCAUCCCCCUCACCAGGCCAGAGGCCUUCUCGAAGUGGAGGUUCCAGCCCAGCCCGGGGCCAGCCUCCCCUCUCCUGGCACCCAGCUCAGCAGGCAGCUCCCCCCACUGCCCGGGGCCCCCCCAGGACCAGAGGCAGCGGUUACUGGCAGGCUGCCCGUGGCCCCCGGGGGCUGAAGGGAGAGAAGGGGGAGCCUGCGGUGCUGGAACCUGGCAUGCUAGUGGAGGGGCCCCCUGGUCCAGAAGGCCCUGCGGGAUUUCCUGGUCCCCCUGGUAUCCAAGGCAACCCAGGCCCAGUUGGAGACCCAGGCGAGAGGGGCCCCCCGGGCCGAGCAGGGCUCCCUGGAUCAGACGGCGCCCCUGGCCCUCCCGGAACAUCCCUCAUGCUCCCCUUCCGGUUCGGCAGUGGUGGGGGUGACAAGGGCCCCGUGGUGGCGGCCCAGGAGGCCCAGGCCCAGGCGAUUCUGCAGCAGGCGCGGAUGGCCCUCCGAGGACCCCCUGGCCCCAUGGGAUACACAGGCCGCCCUGGGCCCCUGGGACAACCCGGGAGCCCUGGCAUGAAAGGAGAGUCUGGAGACCUGGGACCUCAGGGCCCCAGAGGACCUCAGGGCCUCAUGGGCCCUCCUGGCAAGGCGGGGCGAAGGGGCCGAGCGGGUGCUGACGGAGCCCGAGGGAUGCCUGGGGAACCUGGAGUGAAGGGUGACCGAGGAUUUGACGGCCUCCCGGGGCUGCCUGGGGAGAAGGGACACAGAGGUGAUACUGGUGCCCAGGGCCUUCCUGGGCCCCCUGGUGAGGAUGGAGAGAGGGGAGACGACGGAGAGAUCGGGCCUCGGGGGCUGCCUGGGGAGUCGGGACCUCGAGGUCUCCUUGGCCCCAAAGGCCCUCCUGGGAUUCCUGGACCCCCAGGAGUCCGAGGCAUGGAUGGCCCCCACGGUCCCAAAGGCAGCUUGGGACCCCAGGGAGAACCAGGACCUCCGGGACAGCAGGGCACCCCCGGGACCCAGGGUCUCCCCGGGCCCCAGGGUGCCAUUGGCCCUCAUGGAGAGAAGGGUCCUCGAGGGAAACCAGGGCUGCCUGGCAUGCCCGGCUCAGAUGGACCCCCGGGUCACCCGGGCAAGGAAGGCCCUCCCGGAACCAAAGGAAACCAGGGUCCAUCCGGACCUCAGGGUCCUCUGGGGUACCCAGGACCUCGGGGCAUCAAGGGCGUGGAUGGAAUUCGGGGUCUGAAGGGUCACAAGGGUGAAAAGGGCGAGGAUGGCUUUCCUGGCUUCAAAGGGGACAUGGGUGUGAAAGGCGACAGGGGCGAGGUCGGAGUCCCCGGUUCCAGGGGCGAGGAUGGUCCUGAGGGGCCGAAGGGGCGCACUGGACCCACAGGGGACCCUGGGCCCCCGGGGCUCAUGGGCGAGAAGGGCAAGCUGGGUGUUCCUGGUCUGCCUGGCUACCCCGGACGCCAGGGCCCCAAGGGGUCGCUGGGAUUUCCGGGUUUUCCUGGAGCCAGUGGAGAGAAGGGAGCCCGGGGCCUGUCAGGGAAAUCAGGGCCUCGAGGAGAGCGCGGCCCCACGGGUCCACGUGGUCAGCGGGGACCUCGAGGUGCCACCGGGAAGUCUGGAGCCAAGGGAACCUCAGGUGGAGACGGCCCCCAUGGGCCUCCUGGAGAGAGGGGUCUCCCUGGGCCUCAGGGCCCCAACGGAUUUCCUGGCCCCAAAGGACCUCCGGGUCCCCCUGGGAAGGACGGGCUGCCGGGACACCCAGGCCAGAGAGGAGAAGUGGGCUUCCAAGGGAAGACUGGCCCCCCUGGCCCCCCAGGAGUGGUGGGACCCCAGGGAGCCGCAGGGGAAACCGGGCCCAUGGGGGAGCGAGGUCACCCAGGCCCCCCCGGCCCCCCUGGAGAGCAGGGACUGACUGGAACAGCUGGAAAAGAAGGCACAAAGGGCGAUCCCGGACCCCCUGGGGCCCCGGGGAAGGAUGGUCCCGCUGGUCUGAGGGGCUUUCCGGGAGAGAGAGGCCUCCCUGGCACUGCUGGCGGGCCUGGUCUGAAGGGGAAUGAAGGCCCGGCUGGUCCCCCAGGCCCUGCGGGAUCCCCUGGUGAGCGAGGUUCGGCAGGAUCUGGGGGACCCAUUGGCCCCCCAGGGCGCCCGGGACCGCAGGGUCCACCUGGAGCAGCGGGAGAGAAAGGGGUCCCGGGCGAGAAGGGCCCCAUCGGUCCGACCGGCCGCGAUGGGGUGCAGGGUCCCGUGGGGCUACCUGGCCCUGCCGGGCCCCCGGGCGUGGCGGGAGAGGAUGGAGACAAGGGCGAGGUGGGAGACCCUGGCCAGAAGGGCGCCAAAGGCAACAAGGGGGAGCACGGCCCCCCUGGGCCCCCCGGACCCAUCGGGCCUGUAGGGCAGCCUGGCGCUGCGGGGGCAGAUGGGGAGCCUGGAGCUCGGGGUCCCCAGGGACACUUCGGAGCCAAAGGUGACGAAGGAACAAGAGGAUUCAAUGGGCCCCCGGGACCCAUUGGUCUGCAGGGCUUGCCAGGCCCCUCGGGGGAGAAGGGAGAAACAGGAGAUGUGGGCCCGAUGGGACCACCUGGCCCCCCAGGACCUCGAGGCCCAGCUGGACCCAACGGAGCAGAUGGUCCACAAGGCCCCCCAGGAGGUGUUGGGAACUUGGGUCCCCCUGGAGAGAAGGGGGAGCCAGGAGAGUCAGGAUCUCCGGGAGUCCAGGGCGAGCCAGGGGUCAAGGGUCCACGUGGGGAGCGCGGGGAGAAAGGAGAGACUGGGCAGGCGGGAGAGGCAGGACCACCGGGGCCUAAGGGCCCCACCGGCGACGACGGUCCCAAAGGGAACCCUGGUCCUGUUGGUUUUCCUGGUGACCCUGGCCCUCCUGGAGAAGUUGGCCCUCGGGGCCAGGAUGGUGCCAAGGGUGACCGUGGAGAGGACGGGGAGCCAGGACAGCCUGGGUCCCCCGGUCCUACGGGGGAGAAUGGACCUCCUGGACCACUUGGAAAGAGGGGGCCUGCAGGGACGCCUGGUCCUGAAGGGCGACAAGGAGAGAAGGGCGCCAAGGGGGAUCCUGGCGCUGUGGGCGCCCCAGGGAAGACAGGCCCUGUGGGUCCUGCAGGCCCAGCAGGAAAGCCUGGUCCUGACGGCCUGAGAGGUCUCCCUGGCUCAGUGGGUCAGCAAGGCCGUCCCGGGGCCACAGGCCAGGCUGGGCCUCCAGGCCCUGUGGGACCCCCAGGGCUGCCUGGCCUCCGGGGCGACGCUGGGGCCAAGGGCGAGAAGGGUCACCCAGGUCUCAUCGGACUCAUCGGCCCCCCUGGGGAGCAGGGGGAGAAGGGUGAUCGCGGGCUUCCUGGUCCUCAGGGCUCCACUGGCCAAAAGGGAGAGACGGGCAUUCCGGGAGCAUCUGGCCCCAUUGGUCCUGGAGGGCCCCCCGGCCUCCCUGGACCUGCUGGCCCCAAAGGAGCCAAAGGAGCCACAGGCCCGGCCGGACCUAAGGGAGAGAAGGGCGUCCAGGGCCCUCCAGGACACCCGGGCCCCCCGGGAGAGGUGAUCCAGCCCCUGCCCAUCCAGAUGCCCAAGAAGACGCGGCGCUCGGUGGACGGAAGCCGCCUGAUGCAGGAAGAUGAAGCUGUGCCGACUGGGGGUGCCCCGGGCAGUCCUGGGGGUCUGGAGGAGAUCUUUGGCUCCCUGGACUCCCUGCGGGAGGAGAUCGAGCAAAUGAGGCGGCCCAUGGGGACCCAGGACAGCCCUGCUCGCACCUGCCAGGACCUGAAGCUCUGCCACCCAGAGCUGCCCGACGGAGAGUACUGGGUCGACCCCAACCAGGGAUGUGCUCGGGAUGCCUUCCGGGUUUUCUGCAACUUUACGGCUGGAGGGGAAACCUGUGUGACACCCAGGGACGAUGUCACUCAGUUUUCCUACGUGGACUCCGAGGGCGCCCCAGUGGGCGUGGUGCAGCUCACCUUCCUGCGCCUGCUCAGCGUCUCAGCCCGCCAGAACGUCUCCUACCCAUGCUCUGGGGAGGCCCAGGACAGCCCCCUGAAGCUCCGGGGGGCCAACGAGGACGAGCUGAGCCCGGAGACCAGCCCCUACGUCAAGGAGAUCCGGGACGGCUGCCAGACCCAGCAAGGCCAGACGGUGCUGGAGGUUCGCACACCUGUGCUGGAGCAGCUGCCGGUGCUGGACGCCUCCUUCUCAGAACUGGGGGCCCCUCCGAGGCGGGGCGGGGUGCUGCUGGGGCCUGUCUGCUUCAUGGGCUAGGACCUUUUCCUCCAUCUGACCCUGUCCGCCGACGCCAGGCCCACCUGGAGUCCCACAGCGUGGGACUGUGCCACCUCGCAGGAGGGCUUCUCGCCAUCUGGGGGCCUCCAGCCAGGGCACUGAGAGUCCCCCAUCAGGGGCAAAGCAGGGGAGGGGUGCCCCGGGCCUCGCGGCCCUCCCCCCCGGAGCCUGGGCCCUGCUCGACAGCCGAGACCCUUAUUUAAAAUUUACCUCCCAGUCACCCCAAACACGUGGAAGAGAAGAGAAAGGACACUGUGUAUUUUGUAUUUAAAAGUAAUUAUAUUAAUUAUUUAAAGCGUGGAAAACAAAAUGACAAAAAAGAUAAAGAGAGAAAUGCCAACAAAAAUCAGCGGACUUUGGAGACGGGGCUCUGCAAGGGCGAGCCCCAGCACCCUCCUCCUCGCCUCAGGGCUUUCCUCAGUGACUGUGGGGGGCUCGGGGCCGACCCCCACCUCCCUCACACCCACCCACAGCACCCACUGUGAACGCUGGAAUACACGGUCUCCUUUGUCUCAGG